AAACCAGACCCUGUUGCUGCCCGUUAGCUUGUUAACAUUAACGUUACUUUUUCAUACCGAAAAUACUACCACCACAGCGUUUCCUGGCCACUUAACCAUCGUUAAUUAGUCGAACAUGUCGAACCAGUUUACACACACAUCUGAUGUUUACCUAGUGUAGCUAGCCACCUUGGCUCACCGUUAAGUCAGCAAACACGUUAGGCUAACAAAUAGCCUCAUUUUUCGUUGUGUAAAUAUGUCAGAAUGCCACAGGAGUCACACCAUUUUACGUGAGCCCACAGCCACUGCUUUGACAUCCUUCAUUGUGAGUGUGAAGUGGCUAGUGAUUGCUAACAGUUCCUCAAAGCUAACCAGCUAGAUGUGUUUUGCCAGGGCGCCGUGUUAGCUGGCUAGCUAAUCAAGUCACACAGUGACAGUUACUGCGUCUAUUUUUAGGGUUGAUGACACAAGUUGUGGCAGGCCGGUCAGUCCUGUGAUCACACCAGUGUUUGUCAAGCCAUCUCGUCACGCAUGUAGUUUUAGUAGGAGCUUGCUAAUUAGAUGUGGAGAUUAAAGUAUUAGCCUUUGUUUACUAGGGCGCUCUGUCUCAGUGACUUGUUUUUAUCUUUCUACUCAGUUAGAAAUUAACAGUCCGCAUGAACAGACUGUAUUUUUUAGUUCAUGUCUUGUUAACUCUUGUUAGAUGCGUUAAAUCACAGUUAUCACCCUCCUGUAAAGUAUGCUGAGCGUGGAUUACACUGUUACUGUGCGUUUCUUACGGAAGUGCAGUUCAUGGGAUUGUACAGACCAUAAGGCUAAUGUGCUGUGGGAACUGCUGAUCAUGGCCUGGUGGUGAUUUUAUGGAGUAGGCGGAUGGGGAAAGAGAAUUCAAACUUUUCAAAGACUGUGUACAGGACAGGGGGUAAAGCCAGGGCUUCUUGAAAUGCAGCUCUCAACAAUUAAUCAACAACUUUAUUUGUAUAGCAGUUUUCAUGCAGGUUGGAGCAGUUCAAAGUGCUUUACAGAUGACUGCCUUGCAGAGAUCCAGAAGGAUGUUGAAUACAGAAUACCCUUUACAGUCAACAACUCCACCAUUAGUGUUAACAUUCUGCUACCUCCUCAGUUCCCUCAGGAGAAGCCAGUGGUUAGUGUCUAUCCCCCCGUUGGUCAUCAUUUAGUCGACAGCAAUAAUGGCACCAUGAUCACUAGUCCUCUCAUCACUAAUUUUGGGAUGCACUCAGAUCUGGGUAAGGUUAUUCAGAGUCUGCUGGAUGAGUUCUGGAAAAGUCCUCCUGCCUUGAUGUCUACUGGUCCUGCUGGCUUUCCAUACAGUAUGUACAAGCCUUCAGGCAUGGCUCCUUACCCCACUCAGGCUUUCCACUACGGUCCUCGUCACAUGGGUCCCAGUCAGACACCGCCCCCUGGUCCGGGCCCAGCUCCCUCUCCAGCUCCCAUGCCUCAUCCAGGGGUCGAUAGUGCCCACGGGCCUCCUCGUGCUCCAGCUCCAUAUGGACUGAUUACUGACCUGCCGCUGCCUGUACCUACUGGAGACUCACAGGCUGGACUGAAUGGACAUAUGUACAAGAUGCCUGAGAUUCCUGAGUCUUUUCCUGAACUCUGUGACAUGAAUCUGACCCAGUUGUCAGAUAUGUCUGAAAACGAGGAUGUGCUACUGGAGUUCUUUGUGAGUUUACCACAGCUCAAGCAGAUCACCACUGAUAAAGAAGAGCUGGUCACCAGUAUAGUGGACAUGGCUAAGAAGAACCUUCAGAUGGAGCCACAGUUGGAAAGAAAAAGAGAAGAAAUGCUCUACAAGUACGAACAGCUGACUCAGAUGAAGUCAGCCUUUGAGACAAAGAUGCAGAGACAGCAUGAACUCAGUGAGAGUUGCAGUCUUAGUACUUUACAGGCUCGGUUAAAAGUCGCAGCCCACCAGGCAGAGGAGGAGUCGGAGGAGACGGCUGAAAACUUCCUGGAGGGCCGCACCGACAUAGACGAAUUCCUGACCAGCUUCAUGGAAAAGAGAACGCUUUGCCACAGCAGAAGGGCCAAAGAGGAGAAGUUGCAACAGUCCAUCAACACACAUGGACAGUUUCCUACCAGCCACUAGAACAUGAGGUUUGGUGUUUUCUCAGCCAACUGCUGCCAACUAAAAGGAAAAAGACAUUAGAGAGGAUGAAAAGCACACUGAGUCAACAAUUGCCCACUUUGGAGAAGUAGGAAGAUGGGCUAAAUAAAAGAGAAGCCUGUUGUUCUCAGAUCUGGGCUAAAAAAUAAACAGCCGAAGUUGGAUCGUGUGAGAGCAAAAUGGAGAAGCUGUUAAGUCAUCACAAGAGGCCAAAACUGGAAGAAUGACACACAUGCCUAGCUGUUCAACCACAUUACUAAGGAUUGAUCACAUUGUGGAUAAUUUUUAUUGCACAUUCUGUUUGUCCAGUUUUGACUCGACAGCGAUGACAAUGAGUUUUGUUUCUGUCCAGGAUUUAUGUCACGUUAAGUGCACCUGAUCAGAGUGAUCGGUAAUGUGAACACAUUUGACAGAAAGUACAAAUUGCUUAGGCCACUAUUCCCAGUCUUACAUUUUUCCACGCAAUGAUCAACUACAUGUCAGUGUCUGUACUUCCGGACUCUGAGAUCAUUGUCCUGUCCUUGCUGUAUUAUCCCAGAAAGGCCCCAUUCCUGCUGGACAGACACAAGGCUCAACCUUUGCACGUUAAAUCUCCUGUUUACAUUGGAAAGGUUGUUCUAGUCGCCACAGUGCGUCACUCUCAAUCUGUCCAGGUCAAUCCUCUUUGUAAUUUAACAAAAAAAAAAAAAAAAAAAGAAGAAGCAAGGACAGGGCAGUGUUACUGACUCGGACUAACAAAAUUUAAACUGUGCAUUUCAACUGCGGAAGGAGGUUGAUUCUUUAUGAAGUUGUUGCGUUUUCCCCCUUGAGCAAUUUCUAAAUAUCACUGUGUUUGCAUAUACAUUAAUAACUUGAUUAAACACAUUAAGGCAAUACUCUGAUAGCACCGUACUGAUCUAUUUACUUUGUUACAAAUUUGCUUCAAAGUCGACACAACCAAGUAACAGACCAAAUAACAUGUAACAGUUAUAUGUUUUUUGAGUUACUGUCAGUGGUUAUAUUAGUGCAGGAAACAAACACCGGUGACCACAGAUUAUUUCAGACAUUCAGGAGUUUAGUAAACAGAUUAUAUAUAAAAGUCUUCUUAAGCGGAAAUCAGAGUACUGUAAACCUGUAAACCAUAUAAACGGUUUAAUCACACUAUUACCUUAAUUCCAUGCUUUUACAAUAGUCAAAUUAUUUUUGUGUAUGUAAACAUGCUGGUGACCAUUUUUUGCUGAUAAUGACAACCUGACUAUUUUAUGACACCUUUUGAACUUGAAAUGUUUGAUGAGGAGCCUCAGAAAUUUUGCGAUUGCGUUGAGGAAUAUUAGGUUAAAUGCUGCAGUAAAAGUCGAUGACAUUGGAUACUGUAUUUAAAUAAUGUUAAUAAUAGGCUAUAUUGUAAUCAAAGACUCAGACACCUUGUAUUAUAUGUUCUUAUUUAAUUUGUUAGAGUAAUAAAGCAUUUAGAAUAAA